AUGAUGUCGCUGUUACCGUUACUGUUCUCCGCAUGGUGGGCGGAAUUGGACCGACCCCACCGUUUGAUGGAUCAAAAUUUCGGACUGGGUCUGACUCCUGAACAACUGUUACUUCCCAGCAUCGUGGAUACAUCCUUCCCGUUCAGUAAUCGAGGGGCGCUUGAUUUCUAUUAUAGAACGAUGAAUGACUUGAUGCGCCGCGGCGAAAGUGGUACCUAGACUAUAACCGCGGACAAGGACAUGUUCAAGGUUAUCCUGGACGUGCAACAGUUUCAACCGGACGAGAUCAAUGUGAAACUCGUGGAUCGCUUCGUCAUUGUGGAGGCGAAACACGAGGAGAAGAGGGAUGUACACGGUCUGAUCUCGAGACAGUUCGUGACGAAGUAUUUGUUACCCGAACAAGUGGACGAGAACCAGCUGUCGUCGAACAUUUCCUCCGAUGGUAUUCUGACGAUCAUGGCACCGGUGAAGACAAAAAAGGAAGAACCGAACGAGCGAACUGUUAAGAUCGAAAUGACUGGUAAACCUGCUAUUCGUGACACUGUGGGUACAACGACAACGAUCACUGCAGGUAUGCCCGAAAAAAUUACGAACCCUGUACAAACGACACAGGAGCAGAAGAAACCCGAGGAAUAA